CUUUUCAGGAAUGCAGUGAGUGAAGUGUCAAGGAAUCUGAAACAAUAAUGGCGAGUGAACAACCUUGUUACACGUUGAUCAAUACAUCAAGUGAUACAGAGCCUCCAAAUGAGAUGCAACUUAAAACAGACCUUGAAAAAGGGGAUGUGAAGGCAAAGACAGAGGCACUUCAGAAGACAAUACAUAUGAUCCUGAAUGGAGAGAAAUUGCCUGGGUUGCUGAUGACCAUUAUUCGUUUUGUUCUUCCCUUGCAAGAUCAUACUAUCAAGAAGCUACUUCUUAUUUUCUGGGAGAUUGUUCCAAAAACAACUCCUGAUGGGAAGCUCAUGCAAGAAAUGAUCCUUGUGUGUGAUGCCUACCGCAAGGAUCUGCAACACCCAAAUGAAUUCCUCCGUGGCUCUACUCUCCGAUUCCUGUGCAAGCUCAAAGAACCAGAACUGCUUGAACCCCUCAUGCCUGCCAUUCGAGCAUGCUUGGAGCAUAGACAUUCUUAUGUGAGGCGGAAUGCUGUGCUGGCCAUCUUUACCAUUUACAAGAAUUUUGAUUUCCUGAUCCCAGAUGCCCCAGAAUUGAUAGCAACAUUCCUUGAAGGAGAGCAAGAUAUGUCAUGCAAGCGAAAUGCCUUCAUGAUGCUGAUUCAUGCAGAUCAGGACAGAGCUCUCAAUUAUCUCAGUUCCUGUAUUGACCAAGUUCACACCUUUGGGGACAUCCUCCAACUGGUCAUUGUUGAGCUCAUCUACAAGGUGUGCCAUGCAAAUCCAUCUGAGCGUGCACGAUUCAUCCGAUGCAUCUAUAAUCUCUUGAACUCAUCAAGUCAGGCCGUCCGAUACGAAGCAGCAGGCACCCUUGUAACACUGUCCACUGCUCCAACUGCUAUCAAAGCUGCUGCUUCUUGCUAUAUUGAUCUCAUUGUGAAGGAGAGUGACAACAACGUGAAGCUCAUAGUUUUAGAUCGACUCAUUGCUCUGAAGGAGCAUCCAGCUCAUGAGAAAGUCUUGCAGGAGCUUGUCAUGGACAUUCUUCGUGUCCUCUCUUCACCUGAUCAUGAAGUCAGACGCAAGACUCUUCAGCUUGCCUUGGAGCUCGUGACUCCACGAACAAUUGAGGAGAUGGUAUUGGUGCUGAAGAAGGAAGUGUCCAAGACCCACAACACUGUGGAGCAUGAGGCAUCAGGGAAAUAUCGCCAGCUUCUUGUUCGUACUCUGCACUCUUGCUGCAUUAAAUUCCCUGAAGUCUCUGCCACAGUCAUUCCUCUGCUCAUGGACUUCCUGUCUGACACAAAUGAACUUGCUGCUGCUGAUGUCCUUGUCUUCAUCCGGGAAGCAAUCCAGAAGUUUGAGCAGCUUCAACCUCUCAUCAUUGAGAUUCCUUUGGUGGAGAAUGAAUUAAAGAGGAUUGCUGGGGAAAAAACAGAUACAGAGGAUUUGCAGAGCAGUGGAAGUGUGAAGAAAUUGGUCACUGCUGAUGGGACAUAUGCCACACAGUCUGCAUUCAGUACCUCUUCGAGUUCUAAAAAAGUAGAGAAAAGACCAUCCCUUCUUCAACACCUCCUUGAUGGUGACUUUUUCUUUGGUGCUUCUCUGGCCACAACCUUGGUCAAGUUGGCCUUUACUUACAUUGACCUGGAAGAUGAUACAAAGAAACAAAAUAAAUUCUGUGCUGAGGCCAUGCUCAUCAUGGCUUCCAUCAUCCACCUUGGAAAAUCUGGGCUGCCCCAAAAAGCAAUGACGAAUGAUGACAUGGAUCGCAUUAGCCUGUGCUUGGAAGUCAUAGCUGAGCGGCCUAAGUUUCUGCGUCAGAUAUUCUUGGAGGAGAGUCGAAAAGCCCUGGCUCAGAUGCUGGUUGCACAAGGCAGCAAAAAUCUACCCCUUGUUACCAAAGUGACGCAACUGACAGGAUUCUCCGAUCCAGUGUAUGUGGAGGCAUACGUCCAUGUGAAUCAGUAUGAUAUCGUCUUGGACAUCCUAGUUGUCAAUCAAACAAAUGACACAUUGCAGAACUGUUGCGUGGAGUUGGCUACACUAGGAGACCUGAAGUUGGUUGAAAAACCAAGUCCAGUUGUUCUAGCCCCACAUGAUUUCUGCAACAUCAAGGCUAAUGUCAAAGUCUCCUCUACAGAAAAUGGCAUAAUUUUUGGAAAUAUUGUGUAUGAUUUGCACAGUUCGAUGUCGGAUCGCAAUGUGGUUGUUCUUAACGACAUUCACAUUGACAUCAUGGACUACAUAGUCCCUGCCUCUUGCACAGAUACUGAAUUUCGACAGAUGUGGGUGGAGUUUGAGUGGGAGAACAAGGUUGGAGUGUCUACUAACAUAACUGACUUGAGAGCUUACCUGGAUCAUUUGGUGAAGAGCACCAACAUGAAAUGUCUCACACCAGAAAAGGCCUUAUCAGGAGACUGUGGAUUCAUGGCAGCCAAUCUCUAUGCUCGGUCCAUCUUUGGUGAAGAUACACUUGCGAACGUGAGCAUUGAGAGGGACCUGAGUAAACCCAAUGCUCCUGUUACUGGUCACAUUAGGAUCAGAGCUAAGAGCCAGGGGAUGGCAUUGAGCAUGGGAGACAAAGUGAAUCAGAGUCAGAAACGAGGUGCACGUCCUGGUGUUCCCAAGAGCAAGUCUGUUGGAGUUGGGCUCUGAAUGGUGGUACACACCCAUUUUUCAUGUAUUCCUUUAUUUCACUUUCUGAGUUCUGGAAUCGUUCACAUUGCUAUGGUAUUUAUACAGAAACUAUUCCAAUUGAAAUUGUGCUGGUUCUAUUAUAAUGUUUACAACAGAUAUUUUUGGAUUGUGUUUUCCUUCUUGGAUUAUCUCUGUUUUCUAUUGGCAGAGCUUCUCAGUUUGGCCUGGUGAUGGUGUUGUUGAAAGAUUAUCAUCAUUGAUAUGUCAGUACAAGGAUGGGAAGUGGCAGUGUGCUUUAACCCUUAUCCAGGCGAGUGGAGUCCGUUGGAAUUUAUUGGUAUUUUGUGUUUGAGUUAACAAUGUCAGCAUUAAUUUUGCAUUACUUUUCAAAUUCACCAGAAUCAAUGUAAGAAAGACUUUGCUUUGUGAUAAAUAUGCUUUUGCCUGUUUUCACACAAUAUAAACUUUAAGUAAUUGGGGGUCCACCUUGCCUGGUUACAUUCAUCUCUUACCUUGACAGGAUAGGGGUUAAAGGCUGCAAUUAAUGCUGAAGUUGUGUAUUCCCUUGCACCAAAUGAAGAAAAAGAUGGUAUCUAGAAUUCUCUUAAAAUAACAUGGAUGAAAAACUUCAUUUUCUUGAUAAGGGUGAUACUCUUGAAAAUAACAAUAUUUUCUGAUUAGUUUCUCACUGGAAGUUUUCCAAUUGAGGACCCAACUAUUGUUCAUCCACAGGAAGAUUUAGCAGAUACUAUCAGUGAGGGAUCAUCAGAAAUGCCAUUUAUCUUUUGCAGCAUCCUUCUCGGCACUUUUACAUCAUCGAAUUAUUCCCAUGAAUUGCCAGUGUGAAAAUAUUGAGAGUGAACUACAGAUGGAAACAGAAUGCC